AUGCUUGUGCCAGUUAAUAUCCGCGAUAAAGCAACCGGCACUAAACGGAAUCAAAUUUUGGAAGUCUCCGAUACGGCUACUGUCACAAAUUUGAAGGAGAAAAUAGCUGAAGUCAUAAAUUUACCAAAAGAUAACAUCAAGAUAGUAUUUGGAGGUCAUGUUCUUGAUCCAAAUGCUACUCUUGGCGGACUGUUAUUGGGACCAUCUACCUCUGUUUUGGCACUUGUAGCUGAAACCUCAUCCUCAGCUGCUCAAUCCUCAAAAACUGACGCUGAAAGAAACCCGCAAAACAUCGGCGGUUUCUAUGUUUACUGCAAACAGUGCAACGAUGUGACAAGAGGGAAACUAAGGAUUUGUUGUAGUGGAUGCUCGUCGCCUGAUGUUAUUGCAAAGCAAGAGCCAACUGGAUGGAUCGAUGUUUUACGCAGCAAUCGAAUUCCGGUUUUCUGCGAGAAUUGUGACGCUGAAAAUCUUUACGCUCGUUUUACGUUUAAAUGCGUUCCCUGUGGAGAGAUUUGUGCGGCUCUUUCGCAAACAAGAGGCAACUGGGAGUCGGCUGAGUGUGUGAUUUGUUGUGAUGCGCCUCAAUUCGUCUUUGAUUUUGGAUGUAAUCACCCGUCGUGUAAAAAUUGUUUCACCCAUUAUGCGGAAACGCAAUUAAAAGAAGCACAGUUUCGAUUUCGGCCGCCAUUUGGGUACACCCUGCGAUGCCCAGCAACAGAAUGCGACUUUUGUAUCACGGAUGUGCAUCAUUUCCGAAUUCUUGGCCCGACUCAAUACGCAGAGUAUCAACGACUAGCAACAGAGAAACUCAUUGCACUUGAUGAAUCUGGUUAUUUCUGCCCGUUUCCCGGAUGUGGUGCUUCUUUUUUACUAGAUGAAAAUGAUUUGCCUGAAGUUGAAGAUGAUCAGAUCGAUGAUCGAAUUCAAUGCAUCGAAUGUCGACGUCUCUUUUGCAGAAAUUGUCGAGAGGCUGUUUGCAAAUGUGAGACCGAGGAUCGAACAAACUCUACUAUAAAUCUAACAACAAAAAAAUGCCCGGGUUGCAAUGUGUCAACGGAAAGAAAUGGAGGAUGCGCUCAUAUGACUUGCACACAUUGUCAUUUGGAUUGGUGCUGGAUUUGUGUAACUCCAUGGAGAGAAGAUUGUCAGUGGGAUCAUUGGUUUGGC